CAAACAAGGCGAAGAAGAUAAUCUUUCGGAGGGGGCCAAGAAACAUCAUGGAGGAGGAGUUUGAAGCAAGAGCUUGGGAUGAUGCCCCAGACACAGAACCACUUGAGGAAGAUGAGGCACUCAGCCCAGCUGACGUGCAGUCCAACUGCUUACGGCAGUUUUCAAGCACAGAUUUUAUCAUGGAACCUGGUAUAUUUUCUACCCUUAAAAGGUAUUUCCAGGCUGGUGGCAAUCCAGAGCAGGUUAUUGAGAUGUUGUCUGAGAAUUACCAGGCUGUUGCGCAGAUGGCAAACCUUAUGGCAGAAUGGCUUAUCUUGGCAGGUGCAAGUAUAAAUGAUGUGCAAGCAAUGGUUGAAAACCACCUGAAGCAGAUGAUUCUCAAAACUUUUGAUCCAAAGAAAGCUGAUACAAUUUUCACAGAGGAGGGAGACGCCCCAGCAUGGUUGACGGAGUUGAUAGAGCAUAGUACAUGGCGAUCAGUGGUCUACAAGUUGGCAGAAGAGUUUCCCGACUGCCUUAUGUUGAAUUUCACAAUCAAGCUGAUUUCAGAUGCAGGUUUCCAAGGAGAAAUCACAAGUAUAUCAACUGCAGCACAACAGAUUGAAGUGUUCUCCAGAAUCCUCAAGACUUCUACAUCCACCUUCCUUCAGUCCCCAGAAGACACAAGACACAAAGCUGUUGUGGAAUUUGCUAAAAUGGUGUGUCACGGUCAGCACACAUACAUCUAUGCACAGGUCAUGUUGCAGAUCCUUGCCCAAGAAACAAAGGGGGGAAAUAACAUUCGAAGAUUACAGCAAGAGAUCACCAAAUAUGCCAUUAACAAUGGCCACAAUGUAACCCCCAUCCAGUUGGCGUUGAAUGGUGCAAUGACCCACCCCAGAGCUGCUCAGGCUUUGGCCCCUAUGCUUUCACGCAAUGCCUUAAAUCCAGCUGAUAUUACUGUACUCUUCAAGUUGUACAGUUCCCAAGACCCUCCGUUGGUUGAGUUGAUACGUAUUCCACAAUUAUUAGAGUUGCUGAUUGAUGCUUUGUUCAAGCCUGGGAGCAAGGUUAACCAGGAACACAAAGGGAAAUAUAUAUACCUACUUGCUUAUAGUGCAAGUGUCUAUGAGACUCCCAAGAAGGGAAGCCGUUCCAGACAGGUGAACAGAGAUGAUUUAAAGCCCACACAGCAAGCCAUUGAGAAGGUCCACAACAUUUGUCAGGGUGGGAAGUCUGCAAUGGAACUGAUAGCAGAGAUUAAUACACUGUAUCAGUGUAUCAGGUUCCCUGUGGUGAGCGUUGGUCUUGUCCGAUGGAUUGAGUGUGUCGUGAAGGAACCAAGUUAUUUCAAGCUGUGCACAGAAACAACACCGACUCAUCUUGCCCUGCUGGAUGAGGUCGUUUCCAUACACCUCCUCCUCCACAGUCGAGUUCUCAAUCUGCUCAUAGAACUCUUUGAGUCAGAAUUCCAAGACCUGGAAAUUCUAGUACAACUGGAACUGAGGAAGAUGUUGCUGGACCGAAUGGUGAAUCUCCUGAGCAGAGGAUGCGUUCUCCCAGUGAUGAAGUAUAUUAAGAGCUGCUACACUAAGGGUGAUACCGACAUCUCCCUCAUCCGGUACUUCGUUCGGGAGGUGUUGGAGAUUGUGGCACCACCAUAUACUGUUGAGUUUGUACAGUUGUUCCUCCCUUUGGUUGAGAACGAAGACAUCACAGGUUCAAUGAAAAUGAAUACUGACAGUGAUCUUGUCACAGAAUUUAUAGCACACUGCAAGUCCAACUACUAUGUUGUGUAAGAAGCUGAACUGUAUUGGAGAUUAUUUCAUAGAAACUUAUUCAUUACAGAUCUAAAUAAUUGUCAAAAGGAAAUGUAACCCUUUGAUAAACUGAUGCCAGAUAAUUGAAUGUGAAUAUGGGUAAAUAGACAGAUAGAUAGAUAGAUAGGUAGAUGAAUAGAUAAAGUGAAAGAUAUUUGUAGAUAGAGAGAGAUAUAGUAAGUAGAAAGAUAUGUUAGUUGGUAGAGAAGUAGAGAUAGUUGAAAAAAAAAAUGUUGUCCAUAGUAUAUAAGGUAACUGCUGACUGCUUACAACAGAUUGAUUGACAUAUAAUAUUUAAUGAAUGCUGAUGUGCAAGACAUAAAUCCACACAUGCCUGUUAUUAUGUCCAUUUUUAAUUAGCAGUUUCCAGAUGAUUAAACACUUUUCUAACACCAGUUUAUGAGGUAUAUGAAAUAGACAUGGAUGUAAAUAACAUGAGGAUUUAUUCAUAUGUCAUUGGGUCAAAAAAAAAAAAAAAAAUCAGCUUAUCAAUUUUAAGAGAGGUUCGAAACUUCACAGUCUUUUGGUUUUAGCUGAAAUCACACUAAAGUACCCACAGGACUGAGUAGGAGCAGGCAUUUAAUGGACAAUAAUAUUGAUACUACUGUCUUCUUAUAAAAUUGGUAAGUGAUAUGAUCAGCAGACUUUUUACUUUCAUACCAGUGAAGAACGUUAAGAGGAUAAGAAAAUACUUUAAGGAUAAAAUAUUUUAUAAUCAUAAUACAGUUAUUAUUGUGUGCAAUAGAAGUAAUGCAGGUGAAAGGCUUAUAAUAGCAGUUUCACAAAGAAUCUGAUAUUGAGUGAAGAAUUCCAGAUAUCAUAGGGUCAGAUGUAUGUAAAGAAUUUCUGCAGUUUGUUUGUAUCUGUAUCUGGAUGUACAUGCAAAUGUGUGUCUGAGUGUCCUUGUAUGUAACAUUCUCUAGCGUGUUUUGAACUUGAGUGGCAAAUGUGUGCUUUGUCAGUCUAGUUCUUAGAAUAUGAAUGUGUGUAUGUGCAAGGAUGAAAAUUAGUAAAUGAAAGCUACUACCUAAUUACUAUAUGCAUUUAGGACAUUUGAUGUGCUGAUGAUAAACAGAGAAACAUCUAGAAGUUACUCAAACAAAAUGGGCUUUCAAUAUACUGUAUACCUAGUGUUUCCAGUGAUGUGAAAUAUAUACGCUUAAUAAGGAGAUCUGUCAUAUUCAAUGCUUUGCAGGCAUUCUUUUCGAAUAGCAUGGGAUAUUCAUUUUUAAAAAUUUUGUUUCUGUUUAUUGUUAUUGUAAAGUAGAUUCUUUACUUUAUUAAAAAAAAACACUUUUCUGUUCUGAUUGACUUCAUAUGAAAUUAAAUUUAUUUUUUGGAGUAUUUCCAAUCAUUUCAUGGUAUAAAACUUUUUUUUUCUUAAAGUCAGAUAAUAGCCUGGUAAUUAGUACAAAGUAAUUAACAGGGGCAUUAUUUUAGAACAUAUACUACAUGCAUUUAUUAUUAUUUUGUUAGAUAGUAUAGUGAUGGUUGUUCACAUUUCUCAGUAGCAAAAUAAUAGAAGUGGUAACCAUCAAAAACGAAAAGAAAAUCCUUGAUCUCAGCAUGAUACAAAAUGUUUUAUUUCUUAGCUAUUGGAUUUAGCUACAAGAAUGAUUUCAUAGUUUUUUUUUAGUUCUAUGGAAAAUGUGUUUAACACUUAAUAAUAAUAUACUUUAUACAAAAUUAAUGAAUUUUGAUUUUAUCUAACACUUAUCAUGAAGAU